UAUUUUUGAUUAAAGAUUAGAUCGUGCAAAAGACUCAAAAAUAACCCAGUCGAUUUCAAUUAUUGUUGCCUGAUUCGGACGGGGUCAAGAAGGCUAUAUGUAUAAGUAGUGAGGAUGUGUGCCGAGCAGUCAUCCGUAGUCAUCCGUCUCCCCACUCCAAGCAUGACUAGAUCCAGCAGACACGCACCCACUGGCAGGAGUCGCAAGAUGCUCUUGCAGCGUCACUACCGCUGGAAUGAAGCGGAAGACUUUUUGCAAUUGCGACAGCUCAUCAGAGCUAUAACGCGGGAGGAUCCUCACAAACGCCACGAUAUUCUGAUAAAAGCUGCCAAUACUAUAAGGCAGCUUUUUGCAGAUUACCAUUCACUUCUUGCCGAACAGGCAGCUUCAACUUCGGCUUCGACUAGCACUGCUGGUAGUAACACUGGUUCUCCCAUGCAAUACCCUGCCUCGGUCCAUCCAGUGCCAUAUGGUCCUACUGAGGGUUGGCUAGUGAACUAUGACCUCCCGAUGCCUACGCAUCCAGAUGUACCAGUGUUUUCUUCGCCAGAUAUAACACACGGCGACACGCACUUAUAUCCGAAUUAUGCUGCCACGAAUUUGUCGAAUAUGGAUGACUGGGAUAUCCCAUCUAACUACCAGUCUGGAUAAUUCAUCAGAAUAUAUUGUAUACUUCAUAGUAGUGAUAGCCUAACUUAUUAGAUAUCCUGGCUUUGCAUACUACCUGUACUAAAAGAUGACUAGAUCUAUGAUCAUAUCGG